GCACAGUACGGCCAGAUUCUUAACCGGUUCGUAUCUUCCGGCGCGAAUAGGACCUGUAGUUAUAAAAUAAUAGAAUUGAAUAUCGCGACAUGAAACCAUGGCCACUGCACGGAGCCAAAUCAGUAUGCAGAGCAAAUACGACCGCGUGGUACUACUGGUCGACAUGGACUGCUUCUUCUGCCAGGUAGAGGAGAAACAGAACCCAGAGCACCGAAACAAGCCGCUUGCCGUGGUGCAAUACAACCCUUGGCGCGGGGGCGGCAUCAUCGCUGUGAACUACGCAGCUAGGGCCAAGGGAGUCACCCGGCACAUGCGGGGCGACGAGGCGAGGGAUCUCUGCCCCGAGAUCGUCCUCUGCCAGGUGCCAAACAUCCGCGAGAAGGCUGACACGAGCAAAUACCGCGACGCCGGCAAGGAGGUGGCCAACGUCCUGCAGCGGUUCACGCUGCUUCUGGAACGCGCUUCUGUGGACGAGGCCUACUUGGACAUAACGGAAACUGUGAACCUGCGCACCAAGCAGAUGGAAAGCGGGGCCUUUGCUUUGAAGCCGCAAGACCUGGUGAACACUUAUGCCGUGGGCUAUCCGGACAUCGGGGACUAUGUGAACAAAAUCACGAAUCGGUUCGCCAACCCCUACAUUGACGACGAGCGAUUCCAGCUGUCCUAUGACCAGAACGACCUGCCUGCCGUCCGGCAAAGCGACGUCAGACUGCUCAUUGGGGCCGCUGUGGCCGGCGAAGUGCGGGCGGCUGUGAAGAAGGAGACUGGCUACGAGUGCUCUGCUGGCAUAGCGCACAACAAGAUUCUGGCCAAGCUGGCUGCUGGGCUGAACAAACCAAACAAGCAGACCAUCCUUCCGCUGGGAGAGAUUCCUGGCUUUUUUGACUCCCUGCCGGUGGGCAAGAUUAAGGGCCUGGGGGGAAAGUUUGGCGAAGUAGUGUGCGAGACUCUAGGUGUCAAGUUCCUGGGCCAACUGUGCAAGUUCUCCGAGGGCGAGUUGCAGCGGAAAUACGACGAAAAGAAUGGCACCUGGCUUUUCAACAUAGCACGGGGAAUUGACCUGGAAGCAGUCACACCGAGGUUUUAUUCAAAGAGCAUUGGCUGUUGCAAGAAAUUCCCGGGACGGAAUAACAUCACGGGCCUAAAGUCGCUCCAGCACUGGCUGGGGGAGCUCGCCUCCGAGAUUAAUGAACGGCUGGAGAAGGACUUCAUGGAAAACAAUCGCAAGGCCAAGCAAAUGGUGGUGCAGUACAUACAAGAGAUUGACGGCCACGAAGUAUCCAGCUCCCGGUCCCAAGCGCUCAAGGACUACGACAAGGAGUCCUUGGCCAAGUUCGCUCUAGAACUGAUCAGGAGCAAUACAAAGACAUUCCUACGCGCUGGAAGUGAUUCCGCGUUAAAUAACGCCAUAAAAUUUCUGGGAAUAAGCGCUGGAAAGUUCGAGACAGUGUCCAACGCCCAGAACAAGCUGCAGGAGAUGUUCGCCAACCAGGCGGCUAAGAAACGGCGCAUAAGUGGGGAGGAGCCGGUGCUGCAACCAAAGGUCCAGUCAGAAACAAAGCCCAAACAAACUGAGGAGUCCAAGAUGAAGAGCUUCUUUGCCAACUACUUGCAAGGCGCCAAAAAGAAAGAAAAGAAGCCCGCAACCGAUGAGGUUGAAAAUAUUCCACCAGAGGAUGCUCCCAAGAAGAGUUUCUUUGACGAAUACAAGCAAAAGCUGAAGGCGGUAACACAGGCUGAUGGUGGACCCCCUGUGACCUCAACGCCGCCAGAGAUGAAGGGAAGCUUUUUUGCCAAAUACCUUAAGCAACAAAGGCAGGAAAGCGAGUCCGUUGUUGAAAACUCCGAGGAGUUGCAAGGUUUGGCUGAGGAGCUAGACGCCAUAGAGGCUGACAACUCGAAGGAUUUCGACGAAGACACCAUUGAGGAGCCAGUGUCGGUUUUAGAGGCUCAAAAGUCUGUGCUAGAGAAAGAGGUCUCGGUUGAAAAAUUGAAAAAUAAACCUACUACCUCAAGAGACACUGAAAUAAUGGAUACUUUCCCACUCAAAGUGUCAAAGGAAAAUCAUCCUAUGGAUGAACCCCCUCUCUCUGAAGAGGACCUCAUGCCAUCUACCUCAAAAAGGAAGUUCGAUCAACUUGACUACAAGGAGACGUAUGCCGAGUUUGCCGUACCAGAACUUCGUAGCGACCUCCUUCCAAUGGUCCAGUGUGAUCAGUGUGGCGCCAAGAUACCAGACGACGUCAGGUCCCUGCAAAGUCAUCGCGACCAUCAUUUUGCACAAGACCUUAGUCGCCAGCUGAAAAGCGAGCAGCGAGAGGAGCGCCAGCAAAGUCGCCCGAUGGAGGCGACCAAACCGACUCCUCCUAAAAAGCAAAAGAAGGCUGCCGGAUCAGGAAGCACCACUGCAUCUCAGACCAAUAGCAUUGCCAAGUUCUUCAGUGCCAAGCCAAUUAAAGAGCCCCCUCCCAGCGAUGUUCCCAUGGAGCAGUGCUCCGAAUGCAAGGCGUUCAUCAAGAGUGUGGAUAUGCCGGAGCACUUGGACUACCACGUGGCCAGAAACCUGCAGCGAGAGCUGAACCAACAGGAUCUGCGCAGCCGCGCCGCAGAGUCGGAAAAAGAGAAAUCUUCCCCGGGACAGUCCAAGAAGCAAAAGCAACUAAACAACACCAUUGGCGGCCCAUCCAAGGGAAGCAAGACCAUUGUCCAGUUUUUCAGCCAAAAGAAUUAGUGCCCUGGAGACUACUCGUGUAUUUUAUUUGCAUUUGAUCACACUUUGGCUCUUCCGAAGGGAAGAUAGGAUAUAAGCUCACAAGAAUUUAUUAGAAUUAGUGUCUUUUUUUUAAUCAUUAUCCUUUUUUCACAUCAAGUUACUAGCCAUAUCAGCAGAUGUCUGCUUAAAAAACAAGUGAAAAGUUUAUGUAUUAUUUUCAAGUAUUUUGCUUUGGAAAGCCAUUUAUUUUGUUUUUUUUUUUUUUUUGUUUUCCUUGUUCUAAUAUAAGUACUCAUAAACCUGAAUGUUGACCAUUACCAAACUGAAAAAUAAAUCAAAACCCAUUCUUUGUAAUGGCUAGAAUAUAA